AUGGAGGAACUGACGCAGAGAGGAAAGAAAAGGGAGUCAAGGCACAGGGACACCUGGGACCCCUUCCAGCUGAACCCGAUCGGAGCGGAGAAGGAGAAGAAGAAAAGAUGCUUCAUUUUGGCCCAGCACCUGGUGGCGGUGAUCGUAGGCCUACUGGUUCUGGUCAGCGCUGUCCUCAGCAAGGGCUCUUUGCUUGUUCUUUGUGCGAUGGCAAGUCCCAAGUCCCUGGAGAAAAACCACGACCAGCAAUUCUACCUCCUCAUGUUGGUGUUCUGCUUGGUGAUGCCAAACGUGUUGAUGUUCCUCAAGUCCUUAUGGAAGUGUGCUUUCAAGAACUUUGUCUCCCCGAACAUGAAAACUAUGGGCAUUAUCUGCCUUAUUGAGGGUUUGGUUUCUUUAGGAACAUCCCUGCUUGUGUUAAUUGUGAUGCCUCAGUUCGACGUACUGACCAACCUCUUCAUCACUGGAGGCGUGUGCAUAGUGUCCAGCGUUUUGCAGAUUGCUUUCCGCUUACAAAAAGAGAACUGGAAAAUUAUUUUUCCAAUCUGCUCCUUGAUUCUUGUGCUGACCGGUUAUGGACUUUUAGCAAGCGACUACUACGUACGGGCGAGCUCUUACGUGGGAAAGGAGACGAAUGAGAACUUUGUGUACGUGGGCGUUGGAAUUCUCUCCUCUCUGCUGGUUUCCCUCAACUGGUGGGAAAACCCUCUAAAGGCCAGCAACAGCAUUCAGGAUAUGCUUUCGGAGCUGGAAGGUUUCCGAGACUUUGUCUUCAUGAUCACUAGCAUUUUGAGGAUAGCCAUCAUUGGCGUCGUUUAUGCCAUUUACUUUGCUUUUAUUCAGCAGCCUCACAUUGACUGGUCGUACUUCUCACAUGUGCCCACGCAGACACUGCACCUUGGAAUCUCACUCUUUUUCCUCCAAGCCUUCACAUCCGCUGGCUGCCACUGGUUUGGGGUGGUCGCCUGCAAGAUCCACGCAGUGCGGGUCAGUUUUGCCAUCCCUGUGUGUUUCACCGUGCCGGCUGUGCUGAUCGUAGCAGUGGCCUUGUUCCUCACGCAGGCUGGGAACUCCAGCAGAGUCCUGGAGGAAGUUGCCACGGCAAACUUCACCUCAUUCUGCUCUUCCUUGGGAAGCAUCAACAAUAGGAAUGGCACAGAGCUCAUACUGGCUGAGAUCUCCAACAGCAUCUGCAGGACAACACUCAACAGUUACUACGAGUCAUGGCCACUCGCUAUGCUGGCCACUGAGGGCCUCUGCAUGUGGCUGGGCCUCCUGGCUGCUACGCACUACGUUUGGAAGAUUAAGAUCCAGAGGAUAGAACGCACGUCUCAGCUCUUUGUGCGCCGGCUGUACGAGUCGGCAUUCAUUGACCAGUCAUUGCUACUCAACACUAAGAUAAAGGUUGUCCGAGCAAGGAACCAGGACAGUAAAGAUGAGCUUGAAAGCUGUGUAAUCUACCUUUGUGCUACCAUGUGGCAUGAAACUUAUGAUGAAAUGUUGAAGAUCCUCACCUCAAUGUUCAGGCUGGACCGAUACAGAGGCGAUCCUAAAGAACAACACAAAGAUGAUUUUGAUUUUGAAUGCCACAUAUUUGUAGAUGAUGCAUUUCAGACUGAAAAAGAUACUGAGAAAAGGUUAACCAAUGAAUAUGUGAAUAAUCUCAUACAAGUGGUCAUAGAAGUCUACAGAGUAUUUACAAACAAAGAGCCAGAUGACGUGUCAAUUAUUGAAACUCCAUAUGGUGGACGUCUGAUGUUCACGAUGCCAGAGGGAAAUAUGUUGUUCUUUCAUCUGAAAGAUAAGCAGCUGAUCCGGAACAAAAAGAGAUGGUCACAGAUUAUGUACAUGUACUAUUUGUUGGGCUGGAAAGGCUACCUUGCUAAGAAUCCUCCAAAAAUAACAAGGCAGAACAAUCCCUGUCGCUCAAGUCUCAUAUCACUGGACGGUGAAAGUUUCGGGGUUGUAACCCAUGACAAUGACAGCAAGAGGAGAUUCAUUUCGGAAGACAACACAUACAUCCUUGCACUGGAUGGGGACACUGACUUCCACCCCUCCGCUGUGAUCCUGUUGGUUGACCGGCUCCGGAUGUACAACAACGUUGGUGCAGCAUGUGGCAGAAUUCAUCCAACCGGAAUGGGACCAAUGGUGUGGUACCAGAAAUUUGAGUAUGCCGUGGGGCAUUGGCUCCAGAAAACUGCAGAGCACGUCUUUGGGUCUGUCCUCUGCAGUCCUGGAUGUUUCAGUUUAUUCCGGGGAUCAGCCCUGAUGGAUGACAAUGUCUUGAAGAGAUACACAACAAAGUCUACCAGAGCGGCAGAAUAUGUCCAGUAUGAUCAAGGUGAGGACCGCUGGCUGUGCACGCUGCUGCUCCAACAGGGCUGGAGGGUGGAGUACAAUGCUGCCUCAGAUGCUUACACUAAUGCUCCUCAGGAAUUCAAAGAGUUCUACAACCAGAGGCGACGUUGGGGCCCCUCCACCCUGGCCAACACCCUGGACCUCCUGCAUAGUGGGAAGGAGACAGCUCAGAGGAACUCCUCCAUCUCCAUGCUAUACAUCGCCUAUCAGAUUUUCACUGUUGGAUCCUCCAUUCUGGGACCCGCUUCCGUCAGUUUGAUGAUAGCUGGUGCUUUCCAGUUUGUGUUCCAAAUGGAAGGCACACUGGCAAUUAUAGUGUCCAUCAUCCCUCCUGUCAUUUACAUGCUCAUCUGCUUCACGUGCAAAACAAACUUCCAGAUCUCGAUUGCGGCCAUCUUGAGCGUCUUGUAUGCUUUCCUGAUGACCGCAUCCUUCUUUUCCAUCAUUGGUGACAUGGUUAUACAGCAGACCUUUAUUACCCCCACUGGCAUCUUCCUGGUGUCCAUGAGCAUCCUGUACCUGGUCACUGCCAUACUCCAUCCGCAGGAGUUUGGCAUGAUUGUCUACGGUCUCAUGUACUUCAUCUGCAUCCCAAGCGGGUAUCUUCUUCUGACCAUCUACACCCUAGUCAAUAUGCAUAACGUGUCUUGGGGAACCCGAGAGACGAACCACGACAAGGCAGUGACAAAACGGGUGGGGGUGUUGUGCGACCGCAGCUGCAAGCUUUGCUGCUGGGACAUGAAAUGUCAAGUUACUCAGGAGACGGAGAACAUAGUCCUGCAGCAAAUAAAAAAUGUGGUGAACCCAAAUGUGAAAGGAGUGCCUUUGAAAGCUCUGGAAAAUCAGGAAAGUAGACAGCUUCUACACCAACCAGCAGAAGAUCAAUGUCAACAUCAGGCCCCCCAGCACAAAAUGACCAGCUUCAAACGCAAGGUGCCAGACAGAGAACAACUUCGUAAAGAUGAAGAUACCUCUGAAUCUGAAGCAAGCGAGAGUGAUGACAGCGUGAAUAAAAAAGCGGACCAAAGGGAUUAUGAUGAUUAUAAUUAUGGUGAAAAAGAGGAAGAGGUUGUUCCAUACGGUGACUGGGUGAAUCCUGUCAAAACGGAGUUCCUGAAGAAGUUGACGUAUGCCAACCUGAAGAGGAACCUGCAGGAGCAGGUCCGCUAUUCCCUGAGGAACAAGGACCAGGAUGAUUUGUGUGAGGAGCUGGUGCAGAUGCUGACGGAUGAAGUGAAUGGUGAGCUCAAGGACAAGGUUGGCCCUGAGGAUGUGCUGCUGGACAGCCAACUUGAGGAGCUGCAGUACGCGCUCAACGAGACUGCCCGCAGGGUCCUUAAGACCAACCGCAUGGAGCGUUUGGAGAAACGGGUGAAGCGUGCCAUUGAGAAGACCCUCAUCGCCCCACAGGUGGAGAAGCUGACUGAGGAAGAGAAAGACUUUUGGCUUAAACUAAUAGAAAGAUAUCUGUCACCUAUACUUGAUGACAAAGCUCAUAAGGAAGAAGUUACGAGGGAGCUGAAAUCCUUGAGAAACAAGGCCGUCUUUUUUUACUUUAUCCUAAAUGUCCUAUGGGUUGUGGCCACUUUCUUCCUCCAAGUAAUCGGUGACACUAUCAGCAUCCACAUUCCCAAAUACUUUCCCAACGGAACCAAGUCUGAUGACACCAUGAAGGUGGAGCCCCUGAGCCUGAUGUUCCUCCUGUCAUUUGCUGUGUUGCUGCUGGUGCAGUUCUUAGCCAUGCUUUACCACAGGUACAGCAUUUAUGUGCUCAGACCCCUAUUUUUAGCAGCUUUGCACAUCUCUACCUUACUAAAUCUAUCCAUGUUUUGAAUAAUUACAGACACAUGCACACUUACUGUGUGAUCCAAGUUCUUUUUUAAGUACUUCAAACUUUAUAAUAUAUAGUUUAGUAUGGACCUAACAUACACAUUUUUCUCUACAGGAUUUAUACCCUCAUCCAUGUGGUAUCCUACAGAAGCACAGAAAAAGAAUACAAAGUCAACGCUGAUGAGGAUGAUGAUGGCCUAAUGUAUGAAAACCAGAUUGCCAACGGCCUUGUGAUCACCAGUGACGACUUGUGAGACUAACAGUUCACCUUAUUGUUACUGACAUAAAUGUUUAUCACAGCUUUAUACACCUAGUUGCAACACAAAGGUGCAAAGUACAAACAUGUCAGUAGCCCAGUUCAAAUUAUGGAUAGAUUUUUCAAUGUAUAGUUUGUAGUAGACUGGUGUUUAAAUAUUUAAUUUCAAUUGAAAUUAA